AUGACUCCUGAGAAAAAAAGAAAACGGAGUGAUGAAGCUCCUGACCUGGUCAAAAGAGCUCAUGAGGUAGUGACCAGGAUCUCGAAAGCUUGUCAAAAUGAAAAUGGAUUCGGGGGGUUCAGCAUUUCUCUGUAUGACACUGCGUGGUUAUCGAUGAUCACCAAGUUCGACGCUGAUGGCGCCCCUCAAUGGCUCUUCCCGGAGUCGUUCAACUAUAUUCUUGAUCAGCAGCGCGAUGACGGUUCUUGGGGAACAUACGCAUCGCCUGUGGAUGGAAUACUCAACACUAUGGCAGGAUUGCUGUGCUUGCUAGCUCAUCGUGAUGCAUCGAUCACCAUGCAUUCUACUGGUGGCGAUUUGAAAUCUAUCAAUUACGAUUGGAAAAUAUCCCAAGCAACCACCGUUGUCUCGGAAGCGCUGAAGAUGUGGGAUGUCAAGUCAACCCUUCAUGUGGGAUUCGAAAUCUUAGUCCCAAGCCUUCUGAAUCAAUUGAGUGAGAGAGGCGUCAAUCUUGAAUUCCCUGCCAGACCAGAGCUGAUGAAGCUUUAUGAGCGCAAGCUCGCUCAUUUCAGGCCGGAAAUGGUGACAUCGAAAUAUCAAACCACUCUUUUGCAUUCGCUCGAAGGGCUGAUUGGCAAAGUCAAUUUUGACCAGUUAUCGCACCAUUGUACAGGGUAUGGAGGCAUGUUAGGAUCUCCAGCCUCUACAGCUGCCUACCUCAUCAACUCCACUCAAUGGGAUGAUUCCGCGGAGAAGUAUCUCAGGAAUGUCAUUCAAAGCUACGGUGGCUGUGGCGGAGUUCCCAGCGGGUUCCCAACACCGGUGUUCGAAGUGUCCUGGACGAUCUCAACCUUACUUGCCAGUGGAUAUUCCAUCAAGGAUCUUCCAUGUUCGGACGUCAAAAUCCUCACGGCCUAUCUCAGACAGCUCCUUCAAGAUCAGAAUGGGCUUCUUGGUUUUGCUCCAGGAUUUCUAUGUGAUGCCGACGACACGGCUCAAACUGUUUUAGCCCUCAGGCACCUUGGUAUCGAAGCGGAUCCGACGCCCUUGGUCAAACAAUUCGAGGCCGCAGACCAUUUCCAAACAUACAAGCUGGAGCGCAACCCAAGCUUCAGCGCGAAUGCCAACAUCCUUCAUGCUUUGCUGGCGGCAACCAAGCCUUCAAUGUAUGAGCCACAGAUUGAGAAGGCUGUGAAGUUUAUGCUUUCGAUCUGGGACGAUGGUGCGCUGAAGGAUAAGUGGAACUUAGCAUCCGAGUAUAGCGAAAUGCUUUUGAGCAGCGCGUUGCUCCGUCUUCUUCAGGCAUGGAGUCAGGGUCUUUUAAAGAAAAUGCCCAGUGAACUGAUUGCAGUCCGUGUCCCUAUUACACUCAGUCAAUUAUUCUCCAGAGCAUUGACCCGCCAGCGUGAAAAUGGCUCCUGGGGUAACUCUAUUGAGAGGACUGCAUACAGCGCACUAUUGCUUGCCUCCAUGCUCAAACUGCCGUGGUUGCAGUCUAUUCGUGACUUUGCCCAAACUGCCCUGCUUAGAGCAAGACAAUACCUUACGUUACAUGCCAACAACUGGGCCGACGGUGAUUACAUCUGGAUUGAGAAAGUUUCAUACAGAUUACCUAUCUUGUCAGAGGCGUAUAGUCUUGCGGCAAUGAGGGCGCCGACCGAGGAAAUCGCAUGGAGUACAGAGGUCGUGAAUAUUUUUGCUAUGUCCGAAAAGAAGCUGGUGAAGAUGUCAAAAUUCUUUGGAAGCUUACCUUUGUUCAAUAAAACUUCAGAGCGGACUAUGCUUUUUGCUGUUGCCGAGGCAUAUCUUUAUACGAAGCUGCUGAAAGCCGUUCGACUUGAUAUUUUCCCCCGAGAUAGCAUGGGAAUGACAGAAGACAAAUACCUGGAUUUUAUUCCAAUUGCUUGGACCACUGUCAACUCCGCAUCGAAUUAUCCCCUCUCAGGCAAGAUACUAUGGGACAUGAUGGUGAUAUCAAUGCUUAACUAUCAAGCCGACGAAUAUAUGGAGACGGUGGUCGCUAAUCUGCCGGAUUCAAGCUUGAUUGAGCUCAAAGUCAUCAUUCGAGCUGAAUGUGGAAGUGAACUGUUCUAUGAACACUCAUUUCCUAGCAGCCGAACAGGGUCACGAUCCCCGCAGUCGGAGAACAGCGAAGAUCAGCUCUCUCCGGCGUCGGUCUACGAGGUCGGAAUAGUGAUCCAGAAGUAUAUACGACAUGUACUACAGCACCCUUGUGUUGCUAGCACCACUGAUGGCUCAAAGAAGCAGGUCGCUGAAGAAAUCAACAAAUUUCUGCUCGCGCACAUGGCCCACAAUGCCGACAAUGCUCGGAUGAGAGCCCCAAACGUCGCUACCGAUGGUAGUGUUAUCAGUCGCUCUUAUUUUGACUGGGUCCGCACAACAGGUGCCCAUGAUACCAGCUGCCCCUAUUCAUUUUCCUUCUUCGGUUGUCUCAUCGGUCGUGAUGGAUCCUUUGGUUCUUCUGCCAAGCAAAGAUUCUUUGCGCGGGCUCUGGGUCUUCACCUGGCAACUAUGUGCCGACAGUACAAUGACUACGGAUCUCAGCUCCGUGAUGCUGCAGAAAGGAACCUGAAUAGCCUCGAUUUCAUUGAAUUUACGGAGCAUAUGUCAGGGAAGCUGAACAGUGGCAAGCAAGAUCUGAUGGAACUUGCGGAGUUCGAAAGAGAAUGUAUGCAGCUAUGCUUUACACACCUUUCAGCAGAGAUAAGUAGCUCGACAGCGGCGCAGGUUCUAGCGUUUAUUGAUGUUACAGAUUUGUUUGGCCAAAUCUACGUUGCGCAGGACAUUGCCAGCCGUAUGCAGAAUUAG